UCGGCUACCUAAACCAUUUUGUCCAUUGUUAACCAACCAAAGCUCUCUCUCUCUCUCUCUCUCUCUCCCCUAGAGUUUGUGUUGAAAUUAUUAACCCGUGGUAGGUGAGCUGGUGAAUAUUUUCCUUAUAAAGUCAUCUUAAAUCAUACAUUUCUGUACGUGUCUCUCUUUAUCUGCCUAUUGAGACGACCUUUCCUUCCUUACAUACCAUCCAAUACCAACCACAAACCUUACCGAAAAACUCAUCAUGCCAUCAGUUUCUGGCCGAGUUGUUUGCGUCACCGGUGCCGGUGGAUUCAUCGCUUCAUGGAUGGUUAAGCUACUAUUAGAAAAAGGCUAUACCGUCAGAGGAACCGUCAGAAAUCCAGCAGAUGAUCAAAAGAAUUUUCAUUUGAGAGAGCUUGAAGGAGCAAAGGAGAGAUUGACUCUGUGUAAAGCUGACCUUCUUGAUUAUGGGAGUUUACGUGAAGCCAUCAAUGGGUGUGACGGUGUUUUCCACACAGCAUCACCAGUGACUGAUGAUCCAGAACAAAUGGUGGAACCGGCGGUGAUUGGAACAAGGAAUGUGAUUAUAGCUGCGUCUGAAGCCAAAGUAAGACGCGUGGUGUUCACUUCAUCCAUUGGUGCAGUCUACAUGGACCCCCACAGGCACCCUGAUCAAGUAGUGGAUGAGACCUGCUGGAGUGAUCUUGACUUCUGCCAGAACACUAAGAACUGGUAUUGCUAUGGAAAGGCAGUGGCGGAGAAGGCGGCGUGGGAGGUGGCGAAGGAGAAAGAGGUGGACUUGGUGGUGGUAAACCCAGUGUUGGUGCUUGGACCAUUAUUGCAACCCACUGUUAAUGCCAGCAUUGUUCACAUUCUCAAGUACCUAACUGGUGUGGUCAAGACUUAUGCAAACUCUGUCCAGGCCUAUGUCCACGUUAGGGAUGUGGCAUUGGCACACAUACUCGUAUACGAGACUCCUGCGGCCUCCGGGCGGUACCUUUGCGCCGAGAGCGUGCUCCACCGCGGCGAGGUGGUGGAGAUACUGUCCAAGUUUUUCCCGGAGUAUCCUAUCCCUACCAAGUGCUCGGAUGAAACGAAGCCAAGAGCAAAAGCAUACAAGUUCUCGAACUUAAAGUUGAAGGAUUUGGGGUUGGAGUUCACUUCUGUGAAGCAAUGCUUAUACGACACUGUCAGGAGCCUCCAGGAGAAGGGACACCUUCCACUCCCUACUCAAAAUGAUGAAUCUCUUCGUAUUCACUCUUAAUUUCCCAUCCUCCCCCACAAAAAAAAACCCAAAAAAGAAAAAAAAAAGAAAAGAAAAACCCACCAAUCACCAUGGCAGCAGUGGUAAAUAAAAACUGUAAGGAAGAAGAGUUCUGUACUGUGUCCUCUGAUUAUGUUUUUUGUGACUUUGAGGUGGUUCAUUAAUUAUAGUAUAUAUGUUGAUAGAUGAUGUACCAACUUUUACGUAGAUUUCUUGGCACUGUUUUAUGGUGAAGUACUGUAGUUUGGCUAUUGUUGGGGGAGGAAAUAUUCAAAUUAACCUGCAGAAUUUGUACAAAUAAAAAAAUAUGUGGAUGAGGCGGUUCUUCUUCGUUAGUCGAAAAAAAUAUCCAAG